AACUACAGUUGGUAGACGUUUUAACAAAAAUAAUGAAACGACUUCUGGAAGAGAAAAAGUGUUGCAGAGUUGAGAGAGGGACAGUCGCCCAAUCCAUCCGAUAUACCAACAUUUCUUCGUGCGAUGCCUCUUCUUGUCGCGCGACCGAGGCCCUACAUAGCUCUCUCUCGAUAUAUAUAGAGUGUAUGGAGUUGUGCUUGAAGUUUGUUUGCAGACCGAUCAAUGGAUGCACUUGACAUAGCAGAUCUUAGCAAAGCCGUCCAGGGGGAAAAUUUAUCAAACAUCCUAGAAGAUAACAUAGCUGCAGGGAGAACAGAAUCAUGGAUGUGGAAGCAAAUUAGUCAAGACGAGAUUCAACCAACCCGGAUUGAAAGGAAAAGAUUGAGUGACAAGGCAUAUCGUGACCGACGUAAGGAUGAGUUGCAUAAGCAUACUGUAGAAAACAAGCAUGCGAAGCAGGAAAAUCAAUUGUUAAAGAAUGAGAUAGAUUCCAUGAAUCUAAAAUUGCAAUCAGCAGCUAUGGAGAUAGAACAACUCCAAAAUUUAAUUUGCGAAUUGAGGCGUCAAAAUGGCUGCCAACAAGUUCUUAUGGAAGCAUUUCUGCACAAAAUAGUCAGUUUCUCUUUGUUUCAAUUACUCCACUUUUCUGCAACGUUUUCAUAUAAUAUGAGUUUAACCAUUCUCAGUGUCUUAAUUAGUUAUGAGAUUGUUCAUAUGCAGGUUGGUCCUAAAGAUAGAGAUCCCCAGCUUGGGAAGCUACAGCAUGAAAUUAGAGUAUUAAGACGAACUGUUGCUUUCACUGGCUGGAUGGAAGAGGCGAUGCAACUUCUGAAUAGGAUUGCAGAAUUACAACAUCAGAAUAAGGAUCUCAAAGUGCAAGUUCAGGCUUUGUGUGAGAAGAUCUACAAUGACAAAUUAAAUUCUUGAAGAGAUCCGAGCGUAAUAAGGCUCAGCUCAUAUACUAUAGUUUAACAUAUAUGACUUAGAUGGCUAUAUAUAUAUAUAUAGUCAUAUAGAAUUAGAAGUUGCAGACCCACAGAUAUAAUUGUUGGCACUUGGAAGAUAUUUGUGCAAGCAGAAACAAAUCCACCAUGUGUGGCUUUUAUUAUGUCAAAUUUUGUAAAUUCUUUUUACGGAGUAGAUUAUCAGUUCCUAAAUGUACUUCAAAUACAGACACUCAAUACUCCACCGUCCACAAUGUGCCUAAGACUGUGAAGAGCAAAAGAAUCUACUGUUGGACGUAAGGAAUCAGGUCAGGUUCAUGAUAUCAGUAAAUUCAGACUUACAGAUGAGAUGGAAUAGCAACGAUUUUACUAGCUGAAAAA